CCAGCUAUUAAAGAAUUCCAGAAAAAGUUCAAAUUAAAUCUGAUGAAGAAAUUUCAGUGUGUGAAUGGAGUGAUGAUGAACCUGGGAACCCAAACACUCCUGAAUGAGAUCUACACGGAGCUCUACAUCACAGAGGGAGACAGUGGAGACGUCAAUAAAGAACAUGAGGUGAGACAGAUCGAGGCAGCAUCCAGGAGAAUAACAGAGGAAACACCAAUCCAAUGCAAUGACAUCUUUAAGCCCUUAUCUGAACAAGACGAACCCAUCAGAACUGUGCUGACAAAGGGAGUCGCUGGCAUCGGAAAAACUGUCUCUGUGCAGAAGUUCAGUCUGGACUGGGCUGAAGGGAAAACAAAUCAGGACGUCCACCUCAUAUUUCCACUUCCUUUCAGAGAGCUGAAUUUGAUGAAGGACCAGAAACUAAGUCUGAUGGAGCUCCUUUAUGUCUUUUUUAAAGAAACAAAAGAAACCGAAAUGUACAGUUUGGCAAAUGUUCUAUUUAUUUUUGAUGGACUGGACGAGUGUCGUUUUUCUCUAGAUUUCCAGAACACAGUGAGUGUGUGCAAUGUAACUGAACCAGUAUCAGUGCCUGUGCUGCUGAUAAACCUGAUCAAAGGGAAUCUGCUUCCCUCUGCUCUCAUCUGGAUCACCUCCCGACCAGCAGCAGCUGAUCAAAUCCUCUCUGAGUGUGUCCAUCGAGUCACAGAGGUACGAGGGUUCAAUGACCCACAGAAGGAGGAGUACUUCAGGAAGAGGAUCAGUGAUCAGAGCCUGGCCAAUAACAUCAUCACACACCUGAAGUCAUUAAGAAGCCUCUACAUCAUGUGUCACAUCCCAGUCUUCUGCUGGAUUUCAGCCGCUGUUCUAGAGAGAAUGUUGUGUGAAGCAGAGAGUGGAGAGGUCCCCAAGACUCUGACUCAAAUGUACAUACACUUCCUCAUCAUUCAGAUAAACAUCAUAAGAGAAAAGUACUUAAAGGAGCAGGAGAAUGAUGAAGAAAUACUUCUUAAACUGGGACAACUGGCUUUUGAGCAGCUGAAGAAAGGGAACCUGAUCUUCUAUGAGGAAGACCUGAGAGAGUGUGGCAUUGAUGUGAGAGAAGCAGCAGUGUACUCAGGUGUGUGUACGCAGAUGUUCAAAGAAGAGUUUGGGCUUCACCAGAGUAAAGUGUACUGCUUUGUUCAUCUGAGUAUUCAGGAACACCUCGCAGCUCUGUAUGUGCACCAGAUGUUCAUGAUGAAAAAGAAAAACACUCUCGAACAAAAUUUGCACACUAAAUGGAGGGCAAAAGUAAGGGCAAUCUCAAGUGUCCACAAGUGUGCUGUAGAUGAAGCUUUAAAAAGUCAGACUGGACAUCUGGAUCUUUUCCUUCGCUUUCUCGUGGGUCUCUCACUGGAGCGCAAUCAGAAACUCCUACAGACCUUAGUAACAAAUACAGGAAGUAACUCCCUGAAUAUAAAGCGUUCAGUUCAGUACAUUAAAAAGAUGACCAAAGAAGAUCUUCCUCCAGAGAAAUCCAUCAAUCUGUUCCACUGUCUGAAUGAACUGGAUGAUGAUUCUCUAGUGAAGGAAAUCCAACACUACCUGCAAUCUGGAAAACGACGUAAACUCUCUUCUUCACAGUGGUCUGCUCUGGUGUUUGUGUUACUGACAUCAGCACAGGAGCUGGAAGAGUUUAACCUGAAUAAAUAUACCAGUCAAGAUAAGAUAACAGAAUCUCUUCUUCUGAAGGUGAUGCCUGUGAUUGCAGCAUCCAGAAAAUCUAUGUUGCAUGAUUGUGGUGUCUCAGAUGAAGGCUGUGCUGCUCUGAUUUCAUCUCUGAGAUCAAACCCCUCACACCUGAGAGACCUGGAUCUGUCGAAGAAUAAUGUAGGAGACUCAGGAGUGAAGUUUCUUUCCACUGUACUGGAGAAUCCUGACUGUAAACUGGAGAUACUGUGGUUGGAGUCGUCUGGUGUCUCAGAUAAAGGCUGUGCUGCUCUGACUUCAGCUCUGAGAUCAAACCCCUCACACCUGAGAGACCUGGAUCUGUCCCAUAAUCAUGUAGGAGACUCAGGAGUGAAGUGUCUCUGUGCUGUACUGGAGAAUCCUCUCUGUAAACUGGAGACACUGAGGUUGUAUAAUUGUGGUGUCUCAGAUGAAGGCUGUGCUGCUCUGACUUCAGCUCUGAGAUUAAACCCCUCACAUCUGAGAGACCUGGAUCUGUCCUAUAAUGAUGUAGGAGACUCAGGGGUAAAGUGUCUCUCUGAUCUACUGGAGAAUCCUCUCUGUAAACUGGAGACACUGAAGAUGUAUAAUUGUGGUGUCUCAGAUGAAGGCUGUGCUGCUCUGACUUCAGCUCUGAGAUUAAACCCCUCACACCUGAGAGACCUGGAUCUGUCCUGUAAUGAUGUAGGAGACUCAGGAGUGAAGUGUCUCUCUGAUCUACUGGAGAAUCCUCUCUGUAAACUGGAGACACUGAGGUUGGAGUCGUCUGGUGUCUCAGAUGAAGGCUGUGCUGCUCUGACUUCAGCUCUGAGAUCAAACCCCUCACACCUGAGAGACCUGGAUCUGUCCCAUAAUCAUUUAGGAGACUCAGGAGUGAAGUGUCUCUGUGCUGUACUGGAGAAUCCUCUCUGUAAACUGGAGAAACUGAGGUUGGACCGUUGUGGUGUUUCAGGUGAAGGCUGUACCGCUCUGACUUCAGCUCUGAGAUCAAACCCCUCACACCUGAGAGACCUGGAUCUGUCCUAUAAUAAACUAGGAGACUCAGACGUGAAGUGUCUCUCUGUUCUACUGGAGAAUCCUCUCUGUAAACUGGAGACACUGAAGUUGUAUGGUUGUAGUGUCUCAGAUGAAGGCUGUGCUGCUCUGACUUCAGCUCUGAGAUCAAACCCCUCACACCUGAGAAUGCUGGAUUUGUCCAUGAAUACUGUAGGAGACUCAGGAGUGAAGUGUCUCUCUGCUCUACUGGAGAAUCCUCUCUGUAAACUGGAGAUACUGAGGUUGUAUAAUUGUGGUGUCUCAGAUGAAGGCUGUGUUGCUCUGACUUCAGUUCUGAGAUCAAACCCCUCACACCUGAGAGACCUGGAUCUGUCCUAUAAUCAUGUAGGAGACUCAGGAGUGAAGUGUCUCUCUGAUCUACUGGAGAAUCCUCUCUGUAAACUGGAGACACUAAAGUAA